AUGCUUGUAAUGUGGCUGUUGCACGUCGCGACCGGUGAUUUUGUGGCAAUCGUAACAGCAUUGAAUCUGGUGCAUGUUGAACGAUUGGAAAUUACUGUAAAUGGUUGGGCUAAUGGUAAAAGUGUUUUUGUUUCUUUCGAUGAUGACUGCAGUCAGGUGCAAUGUCCUGUGGAAACUAGCCUCUGCCCGCCAGAUAGCGUGGAGCGACACCCAGCGCCCAUUGUCGAUGUACUGUAUGGUCCUGAUGAAUUUUUGCCACCACAUGAGUUCUACGAUGAUGAUGUCAAUCCAGCUGAUGUAAUUGACCAUCAAUACGAUGAACUGCCGUUGCACGUGAGUGCUGUUAUGGCGCCAACUAAUGCCAGCACAGCCACAGCUACAACCUCGCCUACAACUACAACGUCAACUCAGUCCGCGGACAGUUUGGGUACAGAGCUUUUAGAGCCCAAAAAGGAAUUUAAACGUGAACUGGUAUUUGACAACGCAAAUAUGGAUGAUCUUGAUGAGCACGAGCGUCUGUUGGGAAUAUGUUGUGUCGGUGUAGCGGAAGAAAAUCGGCGACGCCGACGAAGGCUUCGCCGUUCCAGUGUAGCGAGUGAUUGCGAAUGUAAACCCUGUGAGGCGAUACCACAAUGCUCCACAGGUGAAGUGGCUAUUAGGGUACACGAAGCUGCUGGUUCCCCAGGUGAUUGCUGUCCGCGAUAUGCUUGCGAACCGAAACCGGUAUGCGCUGAUACGACCGUUGUUCAGGCUUACUGGCAAAACGCUUGUACACGCUGCAGCUGUUACGGUCCGAAAGGUGUAGAGCUCUGUCACAAUGAAUGCCCCGAAAUGGAGCAGCAGGAGACGGAGCGCAGUUGUUACUCCGAUAACUUACAGGAACCGCAGUUACAUGGCAGCGAGUGGUAUGAAAACCAUUUUUGUACGAAAUGCCGCUGUGACAAUGGUGUUCGGGAAUGUGUGGAGAGCUUAUGUAAGCCGGUGGGCUGCAGUAAUCCGAUAAAAGUAGAGGGACAGUGUUGUCCACAGUGUCCCACAGGUGUGGAGGAUAUUUUGGUUGUCCAUGAGAACUCAACAAAUUCCACUAGUCGGGAGCAGAGGCUGCUGAAAGAAACGACUACAGUGUCUUCUACGGUGGGAAGGGCAUCACCGGAGACAAUUACUGCAUCUACUUUGCCUUCUACCGAGACUUCAACCACAGUUAAGGCUUCUACUGAAUCUUCAACAUUACUCAUUGGUUUUCAUAGUGAAUCUACAAGUACUAGUCGAACAACCGAAGCCUCUUCUAGCAGCACCGAAAUUUGGUCUAGUACUAGAAAUAUUGACGACAUUGCAGCUGACGGCUAUUUUGGCCUUAGGAGCAAUUUCACAUUUGAAGGCAGUGGUUCAACGACUCAGGAAACAAUAGACGAUCUUUCUGAAAGCUUCUCAGCAUCUGUAUUGGCUGCGCAGAGCUACAAUUCUUCGCCUACAAUGCCAAGCCAAACGGAGUUCACGGAACCAUCAUCGACAACCGCUAAAGUAAGCACAGCUAGUCAACCUACCUACACUGAAAGUUCCAAUGAGGAGUCCUCGACCCAGAGUACACAGAGCACAAAAGACCUCAUCAUGACUUCCAGCACUUCAAUGUUUGACAGCACAACACCAGUGUCAGCUGGGGUACUUGAGGAAAGUGAGUCUUCCACGGAGUCAUCAACUGAAACUCCAGCUGCCAGUAGCCCUGCCGAGUCCACCACGCUCACCAACUCCAGCGACAUAAGUACAUCGCACCUAGCAUCCACCACAAUUAGUUCCACAACUGGGUCUAGUUCCACAACAUCGUCUGGUUCGUCUCCGACAACUACGCCCACUACAACUACCUCAACUACUUCUACAACAGUUUCCUUAGCAAGUUCCCCACACACUUUAAGUUCCACUACCAGUACACCAUACUCUUACACAGCAAGCCCAUCGGCAACGCCUUCAACACCUACAACCAGCUCACCCUACUCCAGCACCGUUUCCACGCAACCUGCUACAACUUUUGUUUAUUGGUAUACCUUCUCCACAUCUGCACCCUCGCCACCCAUACCGCAGCCAACUGUCUACCAACCCAGCGUGCGUACAUUCUUUACACGCCCCGAGGUGCGCUACAUUGGCGCUACAGUCGUCGUGGCUUUUCUUGCCAUUUGUGCGCUAGCGGUAUGGAAAUUUUGUAUGCCUACGCGCAGCGUUAGACUAAAGAAUCGAUAUAGGACAGUACCCAGCUCCGAGGCGACCAGCUUGAGUCAUAGUCCAACCACGUCACACUCUUCUAUGGCAUAGUUGAGAAGGUUAUGUAAGCUGCAAGAUUCGUCAGUAGGUGAGAGCUGAAGCGAGAUUAAUUGGAGGGUGGUGCUCAUGCAGUUCAGCAGUGUGCACUGGCUCUUAUUAUGUGUAUAUUUAAAGGUUUUUAGUCAAGUUUAACUAAUAAAUUUUGUUGCUAGUGACAUUUUCAUGGUAGGCGCGGGGAAAAGAGGGAUUUCUUUUAUGAAAAAAAAAAAUACAAAUUUAUAAAAUAUGACUUUCUAUAUUAGACUCAGGGGAUUUUUUUUAGCUGAAUUUCGUAAAGCAGUUUUUUAACACUGACUUUAGAGAAUUUGGUAGUGGGAUUAUUAUAUUAUCGCUCCUUCCUCUACCAAACAGUUAAACCCAGCUCCACCUGGUUUGCUAUUUAGCUACCAGUACUAUAAGCUGUAUCUGCUAAGAAAUUAUGCACACCAAACUUAAAGAUAAAUUUAAUUUGGGGUUAGAAAUGUGAAAUAACUUUCUGAAAUCUCAUUCCGCAAAGUUAUCUUUCUUUACAAACUUUAAGUCAUAAGUUAGCCAUCACAAUUAAAAGGCUGGAACUUUUUAAUUUAUUUACCUCAUCGAGUUGAAAAAUGGUUCAAGUUCAUGCAGUAUUUUCUGGGACUAGUACCCAACUCCGUAUAAGUAUUAACCGAAGAGUGAAGUGUUGUGGGUUUAGUGUAGGUAGGGGUAACAACUUUUGCUUAAUACUUCUUUGGCAAGUCUUCAUUGUAAAAAAUUGGUUUUGAGUCCUUUUAAGCACCUCACUGCGUAGGCAACCCGUUCUCGGUGAAAUGAUACGUAGAAGCUUUAAAACGAUCCUUACCGAUGCCUAUUUAAAUUAAAAUAGUCUUGACUUAGUGAGCAAGCGCUUCUUGAACCGGUCACACAAUAUCGUAAAAAUAUAUUUUAGAAAUCUCCCCAAGAAUUUGGAGGUAUAUAAAAUGUUUUCUUUGCAAAGAGGGUUGGAUAUACCCAAAAGCUUGAAAUUGUUGAAAGACAAAUGGAAGCCGAGCGAUCUUUAGUCAGCCAGACCUUCUAGUGUAGAUCCUCGAUAUUGUAAGGGAAAUAUUGACCAUGUUUAUAAACAUCUAGAAAUCGAAGCCACGCAAUGAGGCUUUCUCCUCUCGAAAGCUUUUCUCCAUUGAAAAGCUUUACAAACCUAAUAUUUAUAACGUUUACUAGGUUUUCCUAACCUAUCAUCUUGAACGGCUCGAACUCCAAAAGGUCAUUGCCUAAUGAGCAUAAAUUCACACGAAGUGGACUUUCCGGCUUAUGAUUACUGGCUUAGUGGUCGGGUGUAUGAGGAAAUCGAAAGCAUCGCACUCUUUCUCGUUUUUUCCAGCUUUGGAUAGACUCGAUUCGGCAGCCUAACCACCAAUGCUCGUCUCGCGCCCUAAGUGGGUCUGGUCUAAGUGUGUAUAAGAUUUAAGUUAACCUAACUUUGCGUAUCGAGUAUAGGCAAAGUGGUAUCACGACCCUGGUGUUAAUUUUUCUGGAAUCUAAGUGAGGACAUCACUUAAUUUUUGGCUUCACCUAUGUAGCUUAAUGUAGUAGCUUAAUGUUUGGCAAGACCGAACAGAUUUUUGAUUCUCUCUAAAAUAGACUUCAAACCUCUUCGACUCCUUUAGUCUAAUUGAUGUCUUUCUUGAAGGGUUAACUGAAUUUAUCACAAUACCGCGAUAUUUUAAAGAUAAACUAAACAAAAAGGAGGGUACUUCUUUUUCUUUUUCGAUCCAAAAAUUGAUACUUUGUCGAGCUUAAAAUCUCGAAUAGAGCAGUCCAUAGACCCUAUUAGCAUUAUGCGAGGUAAAUUUUUUUCUUUCCUUAACUAUCGUAAUUCAAUAAAGGACAACUCAUAGUUUUACUAAAAAAUCUUUAAUGUUUUUUCCAAUAAUUUUGGGUUCGUCCAUUACCCUUAACGAGGUCACUUCAACCAUAAAAUCGUAACUCACGCAUUUUAUCCUUGCCAAAUCCGCAACCAGUAUUCCACAACCUGUACCAGCAGAGUUCUGAAGCUUUUCCACAAAAUUAUUCAUAGCCUCAAACCCUUUAUUUCCCCUUCGUGACGAUGGACUCAAAACUCUGAAAAUGUCACUCAGCUCUGCAACAAAUUUUAGUUGAGAACAAAAACAAAUGAUUACAACUAAAGCAAACAAAAUUAUAAUUCUCAUUUUAAAUCUUAAUUUAAACUAUUUUGAUUACUUUGAAAUUACACAAUAUUUUGCUAUUGUAUAUUAUCUUUUAUUAUUUUUUUUAUUAUUUUAUGUAUAAUUUUUAAACUCAAUUGUGUAUUAUAUUUGUAUGUAUUAAUAAAAACCAAUAAGCGGAAAUCAAUAUUUGCUGCGUUAAUUAGCAAUGAUAAUUUUAUUAAUAAAUAAAUGAUAAAUUUUGUAGGCGUUUACGUGUGUCACCCUUCAUCAACGCGUGUAUUUUGCUCGCGUUUAUUUUUUUUUUUUUCUUUACUCAUUAUUUGCGCAAUUGGCAAUUGUCAAUUUUUAUUGGCAAUUAAAACCGCAUUAAAAAUAUUUACAUACAUACAUGCAGAUAAAGAUUUUUUUUUCGUUUUAAUCUUUUCAUUCAUUUCCUGACACAAAUUGAUUGCCUGCUGUAUUUUGUUUAAUUUUUAUAUUUUUAUUUUGUGUUAUACUAUGCACUGCAACAACGCCUACAUUAUUUAGUAACGCACACAUUUCAGAAGACAUUACAAUAUUUCUGAUUUAUUUAAUUGACAUAUAUAUAUAAACAUACGAGGUGUUUAUUUUUUUAU